AUGGCGUCGAAUUCGAAUUGGAGUGUGAUGGAAAAUAAAGUGUUCGAGAAUGCCCUGGCCGUGUACGACCAGGACACACCCGACAAGUGGCAGAACAUAGCUCGGGCAGUCGGAACAAAGACCAUUGACGAGGUCAAAUUCCAUUACCAAAAGCUCGUCGAGGAUAUUGAGGCCAUCGAGUCGGGAAGAGUGCCUUUGCCCGACUACACGUAUCGUGAAAAUGGACGAGGACGAGCUAAUGGCCGCAGGCGUAUUUGA